GUUUUUUUUAUUGAAUCAGUACAUUCCGAAAUCUAAUCGAAAAAUCGUUUUGUAUCUGCAUCAGCGUGAGAGGCAUGUAGGAAAUGAGCAAAAAGCUGUAGAAUUAAUCCAAUAUCUGUCAUUACGUUUUCUCCGAGUAAUAUGGCGUCAUACGCUUGGUAAUGAGCAAAGACGAGCAACUAAAACCAACCAAAAUGGCGGCCCUUGAUUUUACUGCGUCAUAGCACCAUGCAGAUUUUCGUGAAGACAUUGACCGGGAAGACCAUAACUCUUGAAGUUGAGGCUUCUGACACCAUCGAGAACGUAAAAGCAAAGAUCCAGGAUAAGGAAGGCAUCCCACCUGAUCAGCAGCGUUUGAUCUUUGCUGGAAAGCAACUGGAAGACGGACGUACUUUGUCUGAUUACAAUAUUCAGAAGGAAUCUACUCUCCAUUUGGUCCUCAGAUUGCGUGGUGGAAUGCAGAUUUUCGUCAAAACCCUGACAGGAAAGACCAUCACGUUGGAAGUUGAGGCGUCGGACACGAUCGAGAAUGUCAAGGCCAAAAUUCAAGACAAAGAAGGAAUCCCCCCGGAUCAGCAGAGAUUGAUCUUCGCUGGAAAACAACUUGAAGACGGUCGCACACUUUCUGACUACAACAUUCAGAAAGAAUCCACAUUGCAUCUGGUCCUUCGUUUACGUGGUGGAAUGCAAAUUUUCGUCAAAACCCUGACAGGAAAGACGAUCACGUUGGAAGUUGAGGCGUCAGACACGAUCGAGAAUGUCAAGGCCAAAAUUCAAGACAAAGAAGGAAUCCCCCCAGAUCAGCAGAGAUUGAUCUUCGCUGGAAAACAACUUGAAGACGGUCGCACACUUUCUGACUACAACAUUCAGAAAGAAUCCACAUUGCAUUUGGUUCUCCGUUUACGUGGUGGUAUGCAAAUUUUCGUCAAAACAUUAACAGGAAAGACCAUCACGUUGGAAGUUGAGGCAUCAGACACUAUCGAAAAUGUCAAAGCCAAAAUUCAGGACAAAGAAGGAAUCCCACCGGACCAGCAGAGAUUAAUUUUCGCCGGAAAACAGCUCGAAGAUGGCCGCACUCUUUCUGACUACAACAUUCAAAAAGAAUCCACGUUGCAUUUGGUUUUGAGGCUUCGCGGUGGUAUGCAAAUUUUUGUCAAAACGCUUACCGGUAAAACAAUCACUCUGGAAGUCGAAGCAUCGGACACGAUUGAGAAUGUCAAAGCCAAAAUUCAAGACAAAGAAGGAAUCCCUCCGGACCAGCAGAGAUUGAUCUUCGCCGGAAAACAACUUGAAGACGGUCGCACACUUUCUGACUAUAACAUUCAGAAGGAAUCUACCUUGCAUUUGGUUCUCCGUUUACGUGGUGGUAUGCAAAUUUUCGUCAAGACAUUGACAGGAAAGACCAUCACAUUGGAAGUUGAGGCGUCGGACACGAUUGAGAAUGUCAAAGCCAAAAUUCAGGACAAGGAAGGAAUCCCUCCAGAUCAGCAGAGGUUGAUCUUUGCUGGAAAACAGCUUGAAGACGGCCGUACACUUUCUGAUUACAACAUUCAGAAGGAAUCCACCUUGCAUUUGGUUUUAAGGCUUCGCGGCGGUAUGCAGAUUUUUGUCAAAACUCUUACUGGUAAAACUAUCACAUUGGAGGUCGAGGCUUCAGACACGAUCGAGAAUGUCAAAGCCAAAAUUCAGGACAAGGAAGGAAUCCCUCCGGACCAGCAGAGGUUGAUCUUCGCCGGAAAACAACUUGAAGACGGUCGUACACUUUCUGACUACAAUAUUCAAAAGGAAUCCACAUUGCAUUUGGUUUUGAGGCUUCGCGGCGGUAUGCAGAUUUUUGUCAAAACUCUCACUGGUAAAACUAUCACGCUGGAGGUCGAGGCUUCAGACACGAUCGAAAACGUAAAGGCGAAAAUUCAAGAUAAAGAAGGCAUUCCUCCCGAUCAACAAAGACUGAUUUUCGCGGGCAAGCAGCUAGAGGAUGGACGGACUUUAUCCGACUAUAAUAUUCAGAAAGAGUCUACACUUCACCUUGUACUUCGACUUAGAGGCGGAGAUGUCUGAUUCCAUUGUGAUCUCUACUAAAAAGCGUCGCAUUAUAUUAAAUCGUUUAAUUAUAUUAUAAAUUCUAUUACCUGAGUUUUUAAUUUUAUUAAUUCGCCCAUGCAAAUCUUUCGUAGGAAAUGAUGAAUAAAGAAAUUAAUUUUACAUGCUAUAAU